UCGAGUUAUGAGCAGGUACACUGAGCGCGUCUCUUCGUCAUGCAUUAAUAACGCGUCGACGAACGUGAGCGGUUAAAUAACCUCAAUCAUUAAAUAAGGAAUUUCAUUCAUCACAAUCAAUACAAGUUCAAUCGUUGUCAAAGGAUAGAGAACUGUUGAUUUUACUAUUCAAAAUAAAACAAGUUAAUGGUGAUUUAUGAAAAUUAUCAGAAUGAGUACUACGAUUAUGAUAGUGCGGUUGUUGAUUUGUUCGGUGAUAUUCGUACUACCAUAUUGCAGAGGAUCUAAAGAUGAACAUAUUAUUGAUUUGUAUGAACAAGGUUUGGCGAUAAACUCAACUAAUUGGUACCUAAAACUCAAUACUUCCGAUAUAAACGAAGAAAUUCAAAAAGCUACCGAAAUAAUUGAAAACAGAUAUCGUUUGGAAGAUACAAUAUUAUCAAAUAUUAGUCAAAUAACAAUUGGAAGCCCUGUUCAUGGACAGCUAAUUGAUUCUAUGCCUUCCAAAGGCGGAAAUUCAGCAUCUCGAUUUGCUGAAAUUAUAAUUGAAGCUACACGCAGCCUGAAGAAUACAUAUUGUCUAAAGCACGGGUUAAGUGAUAUACAGUGUGCCAAAGAUUUAACGAAGGUGAAUCUGACUGGGACAACUUUGGGUGAGAUGUGUAUGUCCGAGUAUUACGAUAAAAUUCCGUGCGAAGUACCUCACUAUCGUAAUAAUGACGGAUCUUGUAGCAAUUCGAAACAUAAAAAUUGGGGAAAGGCAAACACGCCUUAUAAACGUUUGCUGUUUCCAGUCUACAAGGAUGGUAUUUACGAAAUGCCAAGCGAAGAAAAGCUUCCCAACCCUAGAUCACUGAGCUUAAAUCUUGUAAAAGACGAAAUUUCGAUAGAUCAAGGAAAAACGAUGAUGGUGGCCUUCUGGAUGAUUUUCAUAGCCCACGAUCUAUCACACACAGCAGUUUCCACCAUGGGGAAAGACAACAGAUUUGUGAAUUGUUGUGAUAAAGACAAAAAUAUUCAAUAUACUCUGAACAAAAACAUGAGGUCUUGCAAGCCAAUACCGAUACCGGAUGAUGACAAGUUUUUUAAACCGGAACCAAAUGAUUGCAUGAACUACGUGCGUUCGCGGCCAGCGGUGCGUUCUGAUUGUACAUUUGGACCAAUGGAACAAAUGAACCAAGCUACCCAUUAUUUAGACGGGUCGAUGAUAUACGGUUCGACGAAAGAACAAGAGUUGUCGUUGAGGGAGAUGUCGUUCGGCAGGAUGAAAGUAAUGUCUAUCGGGCCGGUAUUUGAACAAUCGUUUAUGCCACCGGAAACCACCGAUACUUACGCGUGUCAGAACGGCAUCGGUACGUGCUUUAAGUCGGGCGACAUCCGAGUAAACGCGUUUCCACAACUGAUGGGCUUGUACACACUGUGGGUUAGGCAUCACAACCGAAUAGCGAUUAAUAUAGCUGAAGCUAAGAGAGACUGGACUGAUGAAAAAAUUUUUCUCGAGGCCAAGCGUAUCGUGGUUGCCAGCAUACAGUACAUCACGUACGUGGAAUUUCUGCCGGCACUACUUGGCGUGCAUUAUGUCCAUACGAACGGUUUGUUUAUUCAACAACGUUCAUCUUAUAUGCCAGCUACCCAUUACGACGAGAAUGAAGAUCCGUCAGUCAGCAACGUGUUUGCGACCACCAUACUACCGGUCGCCUAUUCUAUGAUUAGCAAUAUUAUAAGGUUAAAUCAGGAAAACACAUUCAGACUCGAAGAAAAAGAAGCGGAAUGGGAUCACGGCAAUUCGACGCAUAAAGAAUACUACGACCAACUGACACUUAAGGAAUACUACAACAAACCUGUUGAUAUAAAGGAUAACAUAAAUAACAUUAUAAAAGGACUAGCUUCGGAGAAUGCACAAAACGUCGAUAUGCUGUUUACACAAACGAUUACAAAUCAUUUAUACAGUAUUGGUACAAAUAACUCGUUUGGAAUGGACAUGCUCAGCUUGGAUAUACAACGAAGCCGUGACCAUGGUAUUCCGAGCUACACACAAUUUAGAAAAUAUUGUGGACUAAAAGAUAUAGAAAAUGAACAAGAUUUAUCCGAGAUAAUGGGGGAAGGCUCAGCUGAUAGAUUAUUGAAACUGUACAAAACUUGGAACGAUAUAGAUUUGUUGGUUGGUGUAUUGUUGGAAAAACACGCUGAAGACGCAAUGGUUGGUCCUACGAUGAGGUGUAUCAUCAGAGAACAGUUUGCAAGAACUAGAAUUGCAGAUAGUUAUUUUUAUGACAGAAGUCACAUGUUCAACAUACAUCAACAGAUGUCUUACAUCAGAGAAAUGGAACUGCGCCUGGUUUUAUGCCUAAACACCGAUGCUAAAGUGAUGCAAGAAUAUGUAUUUUUGAAACGGGAAGAAGAAAAGAAAUGUUCUCAAGGUAAAGGUUUUUUUUCUAAUUUCUAUGAUUAUUAUAGAAUAUAGAUGGAAAAAAAUGUAUGUGUCGUAUAGAAAAGAAACUAAUUUUAAGUGAUAAAUCAUAAUAUGAUUAAAUGAUUUGAAUUAAAGUCACAAGUUUAUUAUUUUGUGUUAUAA